CUGUCCACCCACAACAAGCGAGGCGAGGGAGGCUCCCGGCGCGGGUCGACUACGCAAGGCUACAGCCAGCUGCCCACCGAGCCCAGGGGGUGUGCGUGUGUGCGUGUGCGCUGCGUCCCUUCGAGGGCCAGGAGCGCGGCAAGGCGGUGGCCUCCCCCCAGACGUGGAAGCCGCUGUGGCUCAAGGAGCUGAAACUCAAGGAGCUGAAACUCAAGGAGCUGAAGCCGCUCGCGUCCGCGAAGCUGGGAAACCCCCCGUUGUCGUCGGACGAAGAGAACGAGCUGUUUAGCCGGACGACGCAAAAGUAGGUGAGGGAGCCGGGGCAGGGGCGGGGGACGGUGUCAAGUGGCCGCGGCGUCUAAUUUUGUCACUCGCGCCGGGAGUUGUGGGGCGAGACGCAACUGGGACGUGCCGCGGGCACCAUGGCGCUCGCCUGCCUGCGCUUCUGGGUCGAGACGCCGCUCCGCUACGGCGACCUGCUGGAGGCCAGCGGACUCCUCGACGAGCCCGAGCGCUUCCGCCUCCGCCACGACCUUUUCGCCCUGCCCGGUCCGCGCGUCGCUGCUGCCGGGGCCGUGGCGCUGGACGAGGACCGCCGGGACGUGGACGCGGCGAGGCCCCCGGGUGAGCCGGAGCCGAGCCAGUCUGGGCCCAGGAAGGCGGAAUCCCAAGAAUUUGGGCUGCACGAAUCCGGAUCCCAGAUUUCUGGAUCCCCGACAGGCCGAGAGUCCGCCGCCGCCGGCGAGGAGUCGCGCUCCCGACAGCGGACGUCUCGCCAACCUGGGCCACGCGAGCUCCAGAUUCACGACUGUGAAUCACAGGAGUCCCACGCUGGAUCACGAGGGCCAGAACCUCCAGGACCUCGCGGCUCGGGAUCUGGGACUCCAAGUUCCGGCGCGUCCGCACCUCCGAGGCCCAACUCUCCCGAGUCCGAGUCUCGCGAAUCCGGGCCCCGCCCGCCGGGCCCUCCGCGCUUCCGCCUGCUGCUGGACCUGCUGCAGUUCCGCCCCGAGGACGUCCUGCUGCAGGUGUGCGAGGGCUGGCUGUUGCUGCGCGCCGAGCACGCGCCGCGCUUCGACGCGCAGGGGCUGUGCGCCCGCCGCGUGACGCGCGCGCACGCCCUGCCCGCCGGGGUGGGCGCGUGCCACCUGCGGGCCCUGCUGUGCCACGACGGCAUCCUCGUGGUGGAGGCCACGGAGGCGGCCUGACCCUCGUUGCCCCACAACCCCCAACCCCGACUCGGACCUGCCCGACCCCAACCGCCACGGUGACGUCUGCCGUCGGGAUCGUUCGCUCGCAUCGCGCGCGCGUUCGUGGGUGCCGCUCGCUGACAGCGCCCGGCUCAGCAGGCUGUUGAGGCUAUACGGGGGAUCUUUGGUUGGCGUCUAGCGUGUUGAAAAAUACUUAAGAUGUUAGUAUUGCCUCUUCUCUGUUGCGCAAUCUCUUCCGCUUCUCGUCCCUCCCCCCACGACCCCUGUCACGAUCCCCAUGCACCCCUCCAUCGCGGUGUCACUCAUUCCUCGGCCCUUGCAGCGCGCCCCUGCCAUCUCAAUCACGAUUCUAUUAUCCUGUCAACGUUUUGCAAACUAUGCGAAGCGCCUUGAGUGACUGCGCUCUAAAAAUAUAAAAUGACCUUGGAUGCGGGACAGAUGUGACGGCGCAUGUCAUUGCCUGCGUGUUUAUGGUGUCAUCACUUUGCUCCGUUGCUGUAACUUUUGUUGUUUUGGUGACCUCCCAGGUCGAUCUUGCAAAUGAGAGCACGGAAUCCCUGGCCUCUCACCUCGGGUUACACAAAAUAUCAACUUGGACGUGUUGCCUGUGCUACACAAAUACACCACAAGACGGCGCUGUGAGCCAGCACUGUGCCCGCUAUCAUAUUCCAUUGAAAUAAAGGUGGCAAUAUUGAA